AUGGGAUCGACGAUCGAGCGUGAAAGCGGUGGAGACGGCGUUGGGGGGGGGGUGAAGACGACGCGGGCGGUGGUGAUGGAGGCGGAUGACUUGAGAGUGGUGAACGCGUGCGUGGCGAUCGGCGUCGGCGUCGCGCUCAAGUGGGGCGUCGGAUGUCCAGCGGCGCUGGAACCGCAGGCGUGGAAUCUGCUGAGUAUCUUCGUCAGUACGGUGACGGGAUUGGUGCUGAAACCGAUGCCGAUCGGGGCGUGGGCCUUCGGUGCGCUCACCGUAGCGCUGUCGACGAAGACGUUGACGUUUGUGCAGGGUUUGAGCGCGAUUACGAACGAAGUCGUGUGGCUCAUCGUCGUCACCGGUUUCUUCGCGCGGGCGUUCAUCAAGACUGGAUUCGGUGAUCGUUUGGCGCUCCUCUUCGUCUCCGUCGCCGGUCACACGACGCUGUCGCUCGCCUAUGGGUUCCAAGUCGCCGAGGCUUUGCUCUCGCCGGCGAUGCCGUCCACCACGGCGCGCGCCGCCGGCGUCUUCGUACCGGUGAUCAAGUCCCUGGACAAACGAACGAGAGAGUAUCUGAUUGGCCAGCAGAUUCAAGGAACCAGCCCGACGUCGACGUUUCUCCUCUCUGGAGCGGCCCAAAACUUUUUAGCCAUGCAGAUUGCGCUCGCGAGCGGGAUUCCUUUCUCGAACCCGUUCAACGCGUGGUUCGUCGCGGCAAGCGUUCCAGCCUUGGUAUCUCUUCUCGCCACGCCGAUGUGCGUAUUCAUGCUCGACCCUCCAGGCUUGAACGAAACUCCGGAGGCUCCUCUGGCUGCGGCUCAGCGACUCUCGGAGCUUGGACCGCUGAGCAGCAUCGAAAAGAAGAUGGUCCUAUCUCUCAGUAUCACAGUUUUCCUCUGGGUCUUUGGCGUGCAACUCGGCAUCUCCGCAGUCGUCUCGGCGAUGAUCGGAAUGUGCUUCAUGUUGAUGUUCGGUGUCUUGUCAUGGGACGAGGCGCUUGGACAAAAGGGUUCGUGGGAUACCCUCAUCUGGUUCGCCGUCCUGGUCGGUUUCAGUGGACAGCUGAACGCGAUGGGUGUCGUCGGGUGGUUGAGCGGCUUCGUGUCGAAUUAUCUCGUCGCUCAAAAUUUGGGGAUGUGGGGCAUGUUUGGUGCACUUCAUUGCUUUUAUUUUUUCCUGCAUUACUUUUUUGCCUCGCAGUCCGCGCACGUCGGAGCGCUCUAUCCGGCGUUCUUGACGCUACUGCUCGCGGCUGGCGUGCCGCCACCGCUCGCGGCCCUUUCACUCGCGUUCAACACGAACAACAUGGGUGGUUUGACGCACUACGCUAGCGGACAGGCCGCGGUGUACUACGGCUCGGGAGAGAUCAGUCUUCGGAAACUCUGGAAGCAAGGUCUCUACAUGUCCGCGGUGAACUUCGCCAUCUAUGGCACUGUCGGUAUGGCGUGGUGGAAGGUGAUCGGUCUGUACUGA